ACUUUGACAUUUUUAACCCAUUGCUGUCUUCACCACAGCAGUAAAGCGACUGUCAUGUCGGCAGCGGGCAAGCUGCAGGUGCUCAAGAUGGGCGUCUCGCGUCGUGGGUCUUCACUCAACGCCACACUCAAAGCCAAGGACGUUCGCAUCCAAUUGGACGAGGAGUUCGAAAAGGAGAACGGAUACUCGUUCGACUAUGUGCUGGUCUUCCAGGUGCACGACGAGGCUGCCGAGCUCUCGGAGCAGCAAAAGAAAUUCAGUAUGCGCACCAUCCUACAGCACAUAGCUCGUGGUGGCAUCGAGACCAAAAUGUUCUACUCGACCGACCGAGGUCAUGUAUUCUGUAAAUUACGCGCAACACUGGAGAGACUGGCCAAGGAGGCCGAUCGUAUCGACUACAAAGUCGAAUUCGACCCCUCAGAGCUGCGUAGGAUCGCUGAGACGGGCUAUGAAGAGCAGAACAUCAAAAAGAUUAUCAUCAAGGACGAGCACAAGAUCUCCCAUCGAGACCCGUUCGUGAACAUCUUUGCCAAGUUCGACGUCGAGCCGCGGCUGUAUCCAGCAUACCGUAAAUACGGACACAAGCAGAUUCCAUUCCGUGGUGUCGAUCGUAUUAAACUACUGCUCAACAUCAUCAAAACUCGAGGAGAAGGAGGCUGCGGCUUGAAUUUGAGUGAACUACUGCGCGACAAGUGCCUUGUUGCAGCCUUCCCACUACACGAACCGGAGGAGCUCAACAAGCUUCGAGACAAGUGGUUCAGCUGGAAGUUCGCACCGUGGCAACAGCCAUUGUGGGAGAUUAAAGACUACUUCGGAGAGAAAGUGGGUCUCUACUUUGCGUGGCUUGGUCACUACACGACGUGGUUGAUCGCACCAGCGAUCGUCGGGUGCCUCUUGUUUGCCGGUGUUUUGGUCGAAGAUACCGCCGACUCCGUGCUGGUGCCAUACUUUGGUCUCUUCAUGGCUCUCUGGUCAAUCUUCUACUACGAGUACUGGAAGCGCAACAACUCUACUUUAGCACUUGAGUGGGGUAUGUCCACCUUUGAAGAAGAAGAAGUGGAGCGCCCAGAGUUCGAUGGCCAACCUACAGUUUCUCCAAUCGACGGGUCUGAGAUCCGCUACUUCAGUCCACAGACGCGAUUCCGUCGCGUUAUGGGUUCACUGUUCUUCAUCAGUAUGCUUAUCCUGCUCGUUGUCGGCGUCGUGGCUGGCAUCUUCGUGUUCCGGUACGCUGCUACAUCGGGCAAGUGGAAAGACAUGUUCACAGUGAACGGCACUCAACUGGGCGGCGCAGCGGCGUCCACCGUGAACGCCAUUCAGAUCAUGAUAAUGAACAACGUAUACAGUACCGUGGCCGCGAAGCUCAACGAGUUCGAGAACCACCGCACCGACACUGAGUACGAAGACCACUUGAUCGGCAAGACGUUCCUCUUCCAGUUCGUCAACUCGUACGCGAGUCUAUUCUACGUGGCGUUCAUCAAAACUUCAGUGGAAGGCCACGAAUCCUGCAAACCAGAGGGUCACGGCUGCAUGGACGAACUGAUGAUGAGUCUGGGCAUCAUCUUCAUCUUGCGACUCACAUCCGGUAAUUUCUUCGAAGCCGGUCUGCCUUGGAUCAUGAAGAAGCUCAAGAGGAACAAGAAGGAGAGCACUUUGUACCGUGAACCUUCAGCCAUCGAGAAGCAAUUGGAGCUGGACGUGUACGACCAGAAAGGAACGUUCGAUGACUACAACGAGAUGAUCAUCCAGUUCGGCUACGUGACGCUGUUCGUCGUGUCCUUCCCGCUGGCUCCAGCGUUCGCUCUGUUCAACAAUUUCAUCGAGAUCCGCAUUGACGCCCACAAGCUGGUGAACGCUACUCGACGUCCAGAUCCUCGCGGCGCGCAGGAUAUCGGGACGUGGGGGACUAUCAUCGAUCUCAUGGGCUCGAUCGCCAUGGUGACCAAUGUGGCUCUUGUAUGCUUUACUUCUCGACGUACGACUGUAAACCUGACGGACCACGAGCGACUGUGGCUGUUUGUGUGCGUUGAGCACGGCCUCAUCUUGCUGAAAUACGUCCUGAUGCUCGUAGUGGACGACGAACCACACGACGUAACUCUGCAGAAACAGCGCUCCAGCUUCAUCGUCAACAAGAUCGUCAACCUCAUCGCAGACGAUGAUGACGAAGAGAUGGCCAAGGGCAACCAAGUGCGCGUGGAUCUCACCGUGUUCGACGAAGACAUCUAGUCCUGAGUAUAUACAUAUUUGCAUUUUACUUUCUAACGCACCGAUCUGGAUCAGUAGAGCCACGGUGACAGCGACCCAAUAAGUACAGCACCACUAUCGCUUUGGACAUUGUUGAGACUUGCAUGUCUGUGCAGUUGAGUGGCAUCCUCUCGAGCCACAAGAACAACAGGGAUCGUCACGUAUUGCCCGAGGCCACGUG